AUGCCCCUCGGAACUGCUCGUCUCAUUCGUCACACCCGCACCGCCAGCCUUCACCGUCAUGUCAACGCGGUGACCCCCGCGACCCCCCUCGGAGCGCGUGCCCUCUGCAUGCCUCCCGGCAAGCUGUGCCGCACCCACCCCGUCGCCGCCGCUGCUGCCAGUCUCCCCGAGAACGACGAGGACUCCCACCUCGAAGAGCUGCUCAAGGCGACGCUCCCUCCGCCAAGCGAGGGCGACGACCUGACUCCCGAGGCCGCGCUCGCUGAGCUGCGCAAGAUCUCCCGCGCCGCCAAGCAGCCUGACAUGACCGCCCCCGCCGCCGUGGACGCCUACCGCUCCUCGCUGGGAGGCAAGGCCGCGCGCCUCUUCACCUAA